AUGGCGAAUGACGCGGGCGGUGUUGGAGACCAUAAUCCGCAAUUUGUUAAUUUCACGGAUGAAAAUAUAUCGGAUAUAGUGAGGGAAGCCGUUGGAGGGGUAAAAAGUUACAUUGACGAGGCUCUGGCCCAACAGAAAGAGAACACGAUUAAGUCAAUUGAGACCUUUAAAAUAGCGUACGUGCUUCGGUCGCGUGCUUACAGAAAGGAGAGAAUUGCCUCAGCCACUUUAGAGUUGAGCAAGGUAGAAGAAGAGAUAGCGAAGAGGAACAAGCUCAUCCGCAUCGCCGACAAGUCAGAGGAUGGGUGGAAGGUCGUCGAUGAGUAUCUGUCCGAAGAGCUUGCCAGUGACUCCGACGACGAAAAGAAAAUUAGAGCAGCUCAGAGCAGAGCGGCUUCGAAGCGGAGAAGGACGAAGGCGCCCAAAGGGAAGACGCCAUACCAGAGGGUUAGGCGACCGAUGGCUCCCGAGUCUCAUCCUAAUCCUGAGUCUGGUUCUUUUCGCCGCUAUCUAACACAGUCUAGACCACAGCUUGGCCAAGCUGGUGGAGGUUUCCGACAGCCGAGAGGCACGGAUUUGUGCUUUGCCUGUGGCAAGCCGGGCCACUGGCGUAGGAAUUGCCAGUCAAACGUUGGAGGCAAGAGCAAGGAUGGCUCCAGCUUCUAGCAGCACUUUGGACAAAGGUAGGAAACAGCUUGUCUUUUUUCGCACUUGGUGUGGA